UUCUGCAGACUUUGGGAAACGGACGCACACACCCUCUGGCUGCGUGUGAGGUGCCACAUCGAUCCGGAAUAUAAAACCGCGGAAAAUGAGCAUCAUGCUGCUGAUCCUGCUGCAGCUGGCCGUCCUCGUGUCGUGUGCUCCUCAACGGUGCGACCCAAGAAUAAAAGGACUGUGCAAGCCAAAAGUGGAGGAAAAACCUAAAUGCACAGAUGUGUUACUCUCCUACUGCGAUGACAUGCCCUACAGUCAGACCAUGUUCCCCAACAUCCUCGGCCACAAGACCCGCGAAGACGCCGAAGCCGGCGCUGAAUACCUCCUGAUGAGCGUGGCCGAAUCUCUGCUCGGGGGAGAGUGCAACCCUGAGAUCCGCAUGCUGGGCUGCUCUGUGUUGACCCCGCGCUGUGAGAAGGCAAAGGUGCUGAAGCCAUGUCGCACAACCUGUGAAACCGUGCGGACAAGGUGCAUCCACGCUUUCGAGGGGAUAGAGAUGGCUUGGCCCUACUUCCUGGACUGUGAUCGCUUCUUUGUGAGUGAUGAAGAGGGAUGUUAUGACCCGCUGGAGGGCCUCAAAGAAGAGCAGGAUGUAGAGGCCAUUGACAGCAUGGAAUUUGCUCUAUCUGAAGAGCCGGCCAACACGAUCCAGUUCACCUAUCACUCCAACGCUCAGAUGAUCAACAUCUUAAAGAAAACUGAGGAGCAAUGCGCGGACAUAGCAAGAACUUACAGCAUCGGCCGCAGCAUGGAGGGCAGAGAGCUGCUCGUGAUCGAGUUCUCAAACAACCCCGGCCAACAUGAGCUGCUCGAGCCAGAGAUGAAGUACGUCGGCAACAUGCACGGGAACGAAGUCCUGGGCCGCCAGCUGCUGAUCUACUUGGCUCAGUACCUGUGCUCAGAGUACCAGCUCGGGAACGAGCGCAUCCAGACCCUCAUCAACACCACCCGCAUCCACAUCCUGCCCUCCAUGAACCCUGAUGGAUACGAGGUGGCUAUUUCUGGACUCCAGGACAAUGACUUCGGUGGUGAUGAGGAGCAGGGUCACAGAUAUGAUUCUUGGAACAUCGGCCGGAACAAUGCUCAGAACCUCGACCUGAACAGAAACUUCCCCGAUUUGACGUCUGUCGUUUACAACCGACGCAGACAGAAGGGCUACCGCACCGACCACAUCCCAAUCCCAGACUAUUACUGGUUUGGUAAGGUUGCACCAGAGACUUACGCUGUCAUGAAAUGGAUCCGCUCCAUUCCGUUCGUGCUCUCCGCUAACUUCCACGGUGGGGACUUGGUGGUGUCCUACCCCUUCGAUCUGUCCAAACACCCGAUGGGACGCGAAAUGUUCUCCCCAGCACCGGACGACAAGGUAUUCAAGUAUCUUGCAGCACUGUAUGCAACUGCUCAUGAGAGAAUGGCCAAUGAAAAUGCGCGCUGUGGACCGUCUCGCAGUCACAGUCAGAGAGGAACCGUUAAUGGAGCUCAGUGGUCCAGCUUCGCAGGGGGCAUGCAAGACUUCAACUAUCUUCACACCAACUGUUUUGAGUUGACUGUGGAGCUGGGCUGUGAUAAACACCCCCCUGAAGAGGAACUGUUCAUUGCCUGGCAUGAAAACCUCGAGGCUCUACUCACAUUUAUGGAAGCAGCCCAUCGAGGUAUCAGAGGAAUCGUAAAAGACGAGGAGGGAAAUGUUAUCAAAGGUGCACGAAUAUCAGUCAGAGGAAUACGACAUGAUGUGACCACAGCUGAAAACGGAGACUACUGGCGCCUCCUCAAUCCCGGCAUCCACAUUGUGAGCGCCUCGGCCUCGGGAUACACCAAAGCUAUGAAGAAAGUCCACCUGCCUUCUCGCAUGGCCACAGCAGGUCGGGUGGACUUUGUGCUGCAGAAAGCUGCACUAGAGCCUGAUGUGCAAGAGGAGGACACCGUCCCAUCUCUGGGAGUCUAUGACCGCUUUGACCCUUACAAUCAGUACGAGCGCUACACCCUGAUGGCUGAUUUGAGCCACAUCCGCGAGGAGAGAGAAGAGAAGCCCUGGUGGUGGAACUACUUUGUCCUGCCAGGAGGCGCUUCACCAACCUGGAUGCUCAAACACUAUUAGAGCUUGAAUGAGAGAAGUGGAAGAUUAAGUAUCUAUUUCUACACUAUACACACAAACAGCUAUUGUGUAAUGAAUGUACUUCUUUUAAUUGGUGUUAAGUGGUGGAGAAGUGUAAAAGCUAGCUGGCUGGCCUUUAUGUUAGCUUUCACACUGCUCCUAAUUCAGUUACAUGAGACUUUUUUUAUAUUAUUACAAUUUUCAGCAGAAAUAAACAACUUUAAUGUCAGUAAAGUUAUUGUAUACAGUUACAAUGUGAGCCUUCACAGCUGCACUUAACCAUACUUUUUUUAAAAAUCUUUUUAAGUUUAUUUGUACAGCUGCUUUCAAACAAGAACCACAUUUAAUAAAACACAAUUAAAAGGACAAUAAAUAUGUUGAAAAAAAAA